AUGGAGCCGGCCCGGGAGCCCCCAGCGCGGGUCCGGCCGCCGCCGCCCCCAGCCGCCCGCCCCGCGCCCGCCCCCGCAGCGCCCAGGCCGCGCUCCCCAGCGGAGGCGGAGGCCCGAGGCGCUGAGGGGCUGCUGCGGCGAUCGGGCUCCGGCUACGAGGGCAGCACCAGCUGGAAGGCGGCCCUGGAGGACACCACCACCCGUCUCCUGCUGGGGGCCAUCGCCGUGCUUCUGUUCGCCAUCCUGGUGGUGAUGAGCAUCUUGGCCUCCAAGGGCUGCAUCAAGUGUGAAGCGCCGUGCCCCGAGGACUGGCUGCUCUACGGGAGGAAAUGCUACUACUUCUCCGAGGAGCCGCGAGACUGGAACACGGGCAGGCAGUUCUGCCACACCCACGAGGCCGCGCUGGCUGUGAUUCAGAGCCAGAAGGAGCUGGAAUUCAUGUACAAGUUCACGCGGAGGGAGCCCUGGAUUGGCCUGCGCAGAGUCGGGGACGAGUUCCACUGGGUCAGCGGGGAGCCGUUUGACCCGGACACGUUCCACAUCGCGGGCCUGGGGGAGUGCGUCUUCGUGGAGACCACCAGGCUGGUGUCGACCGAGUGCCUGAUGACCCGGCCCUGGGUCUGCAGCAAGAUGGCCUACACGUGAGGGCCCCGCUCGCGGCCUCCCUGGGACGCCCCUGGAGACCAGCGUGCCCUCGGUGACCACUCCCCUUCCCCAGCUCCUCCAGCACUGAACACUGGGCCUCUCACGUGUCGUCUGCGGCUCACCUCUUCCUGUCACCUGACCGCUCCCGUCAUCGGAUUCCAAACCCCAGGGGAGCAGGGAUUGCGCGUUGUUGGCUUCUCGGGGUCACACAGCGCGCACUCAAAGAUCGUCGUGCGUGAGGACAAGAUUGCACCCGUGAACUCUUUGCCUCGGUGGGAGAGAGCGGUGGCUGCCGUCCUCAGAAGACUUGUCUUUUUGGCCUUGAUGGGUAUGGCCCAGCUUUUAGAGGCGCAGCAAAGACGAACUUUUCAAUUUGUUCCGCUUCAAUUCCCCGAGCUCAUGCACACCCUGGGUGGCCCGAGUGGGGGGUGGCCCAGAAGUACAGGGGCAAUGAGGGGGCACUGCCUUGGUCUCCAAAACGUUUGUUUUAUCCUACACACGGCCCGGCUGGGGAGGAGACGGCUGUGCAUGGGGGCCGGGUUCAGGGAGGGUUCCCACCAGUGAGUGGCGCUGAGGGUUCCGUGAUCCCCGGGACAGCAAGCCGACCCUGCUGUGUUGUCCUGUGGCAGCCAAGACAGCAGAGGGGCGGAGGGGAAGCAGGCAGCUGCCCCUUUCCUCCUCCUGGUCUGCAGUCAGCUCCAAACGGGGAAUCAAUGUGAGGUUGAAACGGGGGCAUCCGGGAAGCCUCCUGCCACAGCCACCCGGAUCCCUGCGCUCCUGAUGCAUCCUGGGGUGGGCACACGCUGGGCCUGGCUGCGAAGGCCGGCCCUGGUCCAGUCGGGCGCUAGCUCUUCCAGUAAGCAGUGGCGUAGCUCAGGCUGCUGUGCUAAAUCUCUCUGACACCUGGCUUCUCCUCUAAAAUGCAGAAAUCACGCCUGCUCUGCUGACCUAACAGGGUUUUGAGACCUGUAGCUGUUAGAAUUUCAGCGGCUAGAAAUGAUCGACCCCAUUCUCAUGGUCCUUGAGCCCUGGAGAGGUUAAGUUACAUGUCCAAGGUCACACAAGUAGUGGCAGAACUAGAACUCAGGUCUUGUGGCUCUUCUGUUUCCUGUUUGUUCUCUUAUUACUGCACAUAUCAUGCUUCAUUAAUGUGUUUCCUUGUUCGCCGUCCAUGUGGAAAUUAAGCUCCUUGAGGGCAGGGAUCCCCUUGUGCACUUGUUUGUUUCUCUAGCGCCUGGUACAUACAGAAGGUGCUCAAUAAA